UUAACUGGUGUGUUGCUUAGGGAACGAAAUCGAUGCUUGCCUCAGGUUUCCCCUUAUUACACCAAUGUCUACCACAUAAUAAGCAAAUAUUUCUUGUUAUAUGAUGACUUUGAUGUCAGCUACUUCAUUAUAUGGGAUUGUAAUACAACUCCACGGUGACAUUCUCACAUAAAUGCGUCUAAAACAUUGCCGUAGCAGAUGUAAACAAACUUUCCACCAUCUUGGAAUUAUAAGCACAUGCAUUUGUGUACAUUGAUGUACAGUGAACUUCAUAGUCAUUCUUUUUGACUCUUCAUUACAAUUGAAUCGCUGAGAUGGCUGAAGUGCAUCCACCACGGAAGGCUAGAGUGGUCAGGAGUGGCAAAGUGUACCGGCAAAUAUUUGAUGCAGAGGUUCAACUUGUAAAAUCCUACAAUGACAUAAGUGAAAAGAAAGCCCAAGACCAGCACACUGUGAAAGAGAGGCCAGGAGGUAUUCCAGUUGUGAAGGAUCAAUUGACAAAUUCUGGGGGAAUGUUGACGGAGCGACAGCGCUACUGGGUGGAUGGAUUCCCUAAUGACAACUUCACCCAGAACCCUGUCUUGUACAAACAAGUGGCCGAGGUUGUCAAGCAGCAGAUGAAGGAACCAGAGAGCAGAGUAUGUGGCAAGGAAGUCCAGGGCUUGCCAGAUUUAGUCAUUCCAGCCAAGACUGGAUCAGAUAUCAUCGACAGGAUUGCUCAGAAUCGUAAGGAGCGACACGAGGCAACUGUUGAGGAUAUGCAUCAGGAGUUGUCCGUUAUCAGUGCAGAACUCGAGCCAUUGAUUGUCAAAGCUGGUGAAGAAACAUUGGCGCUGUUAUCAGAAAACGACAAAGUCAUUGAUGCCCUUCUUGCCAAGAUUGAGAAAGAUGAGGAUCUUCUGAAAUUUUGUAAAAUUGAGUUGUACGAUUUAUGGAGUGAGAUCGAGUCUCAAUCAGUCAUCAGGCGACAGGCAAUUCAGACCCUCGAUGACAAACUAACCACAUUGGAGCAGAACAGGAAGGAUGAGAUCCGUGAGGUGUUCCGUACCUACACGGAGAUGUUUGAAAAGAUCUCCCACUUGAUGGUGCCUGAUCUACAGCGGUUCAUGGACAGGGAAUCACAGUCCAUCAACCAAUCAUUGUUGAGCAAUAAACGUGCAUACAGUGACCUCUAUGGGAGGUUGUUGACAGCAGAUAUCGACCGUGAGAAACGGCAUCACACGAUAUGGUGUAAGAGACUUGACGACUGGAAGAGAUUGAAUACUGAGUUGGCAGUGGAGAACUUCAGUGCAUUCAUGCGGAGUGACUCUGUUGUCAGUCCUCCAGAAGUGGAGAAGAUCCUGCUGGCUAUGAUCACCGAGGAGGAAUCACAAAACAACAAGAGGCUGGAACUCAUCAACUCGCUCAAGGAAAUGAUGCCUCCAGCCUCAACCAAGUCCGCUGUCUACCAAUGGAACCAGCAAGUCAUGGACAUCACCAAAGAGAUCGACACCAAAAACCAGGACUUCCUUCAGCGCUUGUAUCAGGAGUAUGAAAAAGCUUGCCAGAAUUGUCUUGUAGCAGUUGAGGAGAUGAAGGCCUCAUUGAUUGAGUCGGGGGUUUGCACGGAGCAGAAGGCAAAGGAGGUGAUUAAUGAACACUGUCUCCCACUGAUCGGAGAGCGGCAGACGCAGUUUGAAAAUACACUAGAGACCAUGGACAAAACCUUAGAGGAGGAGAACAAGAUGACAAUACAGCAGCUGAAAUCUUUGUUUAAGUUUGCCCAAGGUAGCGCGCACGUCUGGGACGUCCAUGAGAUUGGCUUGGCCAGACAGGAACGAGGUUUACAAGAGAAAUUAGAAAACUGUCGACACGAUCAUGACAAUGAAAAUCAGGACAAAGAGGCAAACCUAGACAUUAUCAUGGACAGAAUGCGCCAGGACGCAUCGGAGGCGGCACUUACAGAGAGCCUCAAGAAAGCACUCGAAAUGCUAAGCGCUAUAAAACAAGGGUAUGAAGUAUUCCAUGAAAACCAGCUCGACAUCGUCAAGUUCUACCCAAGCAUGGUAAAGAAAGAGCUUGAGCAAUAUGACGCUGCCAUCUGCAAGUUCUUUGGUGUGCAGAGAGAGCAGAAGAUUUUUGACACGGAAAGCGAGUCGCCGAGUUCAGCCCGACUUGAGGACGACAGCUCACCAAAGGCCAAAGGCAGCAUGAAGAAGAAAACAAAAGCAAAGAGGCCGUCUGAUCGUGUGAGGAGCAAGACACCAGAUGAAGCUCGAAGCCCCCUCCCAGCAGCCGUAGCAGAGGUCCUCUCCACGUCCAAGGGAACACAGUUUUUCGUCCUGACCAUCGCCGGCGAGCAUGGCAUACAGCCCGAUGAGCCAUCUAAGGAGAAGACACCGGUUGGAGGAGAUGGUGAUGAUGCUGCCACCUUCAUGACCGAGGUAGAAGUGGAGUCUGUGCCCAAGUAUAUCUCCACAAUUCACAUCACCAAUGGCACAUUCAACGAAAUUAAAAAACAGGUGCGCCUGAACUUCCUCGACCACCUGGAGGAUUGGGUGAACCAGGCCAUUGAGCGCUCAAACAGCGUGGUUGCCGCAAAAUGUGAGGAACUGAACAGCGAACUGGAUCUGCGCCAACAUCUUCACAAGCCGAGGUCAAGACGUGCCGAGAUGGACGUGCAUAAUGUUCGUGCAGCCGAGCUGGUGAUGCACAAUGAACGAGUGACCAGACACUGUCGGGGAAUCACACAGGCCCUGAACGACCUGAAGCAACGCUUCAACGACCUGACCCACGAGCACAACAAACUGCUCGAGAAGUUUAGGAACGACAUAGAAGCACUGGAAACAGUGUUUGUAAAUGCGACGAAAUCUUCCAAACUGAUUGCGUUGUCAAACACCCUGAGUGAGGAACUGGAGAAGUUCAUGAAUCAGAUCAGAAUCAGCCUGCGUCACUUCAGGAAGCACGUCGAUGACACCUUACAGAUGUUGCGAGACUCCAACGCUCGCUUCAUUCGCUCGUUCAAAAUUUUCUCCGAUGGUGGUAACUUCUGUCCUGAGGAGAUUGAGGAGUAUCGUAAACGCCUGGAGAAGAUGUCCCACAAGAUCGACUCGUCUGAAGGUUUCAUCAUGUCCGACCUCGAGGGUAUGGAGGCAAAGCACCUCGAGAAAGCCACAAAGGUCUCAAAUGAAUUUGAGGACAGGUUCAAGAACCACAUGAUCGACCUCAUCUUCAUGGAGAAGAUCGCGCGCUGGCUGACGAACUCGCAGGUCAAGAUCAAGGCGGAGGUUGCCUAUAGCAACACCCACGCCCAGAAACUAGCCCAACAUCUGAUGGACUUAGAAAGAAGGAUUGAUGCCUGUCAGAGGCCUAACUUGGACAAGGAGCAAAUCACACCAACAGAGUUGAAUGCAAGUUUGAAAGAGAUUUUCGAUGCCUUCUUGGACAGAGCGUCGUAUCUGAACUGUCUGAAAGACCCGACGCUCCGACCCCAAUCAGCUGUGAUGCAAGGAAAUCCUGCAUUAGGCGCAGCUCGUGUUGGAUUCUCAUCUGAAGUCACACCGACCCCGAUAACCAAGGCUGGCAAGCAGCCGGUUGAGGAUCCCUCUAUUGGUGUCAUCAAGAACAUCCUAAAGACACAGAAGAGCCCGUCGAAGAGCCAAACUGGUGCUGGUGGUGAAGCAGAUGGAGAGGUAUCCCCAGUCAAAGUUCGUGAACGUCGGCCGACGAUAACUCGCCCGCCGACAGACGACAUGGAAGGGAAGCUGAAAUCAGCUAUGAAGAAGGUCAGCACUGUUAAUACUCCGGUGCCGUUUGACCCACCCAAGAGAGCUUUGUCAGGGCGACGGAUCAGCACUCUUAGUGGGUUUGGUAGUAUCGUGAGCUUGCGUCGCACCACCAGCAAGAAGCAGGAUAAGAAGUACAUCUUGUUCACGGAGCUGGACGACCCGGAGCAUGAACAACUCGAUGCCAGCCACUUCCUGCUCAAGAUCAAGAAGAUCAUCAAAGAUGCGUCGGAGGGUUUGAACGCUGCAAGUGAGACCUACUAUCGUCACAAGGGCACACGCCCCGUCACCCGACCACAGGCACUGCAGGAAACAUUUGAGCAGAGUUCAGAUACCAUCGUCCAGAAGCUGAUGUCAUAUUUCCACCAAGCUGACGAGUACCACAACCAGUGUCUGCAAGAAUUCCGUGUCCAGUUGAACGAGCUUGAAGCGUCUGUGUCGAAUGUGCCUGGCCUGGUCAUCAGGGAGCUGCUGACGUCACGGAUUAAGACUGUUGCCACAUCCCAGGAGGAGUUGGAGGCACAGUUCUCGGAGAAGAAGAGCGGCUCUGAUAACAAGAAGGAGGGCCACCAGAACAUGUUGCGACCCACGCUCGGACAUCCGCAGCAGCGUGAGGAUAUGUUGGACCUCUGCAAGACCGAGGACGACCGGCGUCGACUGUAUCUUGAGAACAUAGAGGAACAUACCCAGAAUCUUCAGGCUGAUGCUGUGAACCAGGCUGAAGUCUUCAUCCAAGAAGUCGCAAAACUCUCUGAACAACUUUUGCUGCAGUUUGACAGUCUUCUGACAGUGGAUGAUGUGGAGAAAGGAAGGGUUGAGCCCAAGAAGUAUCCCACCAGCGAACUGAUCCGCCGCAAAAAUGCUGGUAUGGCUCUCGAGGAUGACGAGAGCAAGACGGCUGUACCCAGAGGCAAGAAGACUUGGACAGGUGUGCCGAGACAUGAAUUGGCGGUGGUCAGUGAUGGGAAACUAGCCAAGGCGAAACUGACAGCCUCGGUUACAACAGCUAAGACGACCUUCGGACAUACUUCUACAACCAAGGCCAGGGAUCGCGCUUACCUGGAAUACAAACAGAAGUUUGAAGAGAUAUUGGCAAACAUUGAAGAAGAGAAACAAUGUCUUAUCACUGACGAGGAGAGGUGGACGGACAGUUGGCUGACAUCUGUGGCCAAGGUCAAAAUGCUGUAUUAAAAAGGUUGACCGUAAUUGUAAAUGAAUGAGGAAGUUGGGCAGGACAACUUGUGGAGGGGGUUGGGGGGAUGGGGGUUCUCGUUAUGUUUCCGUCCAAAAUUGUUUUGUUUGUUUGCUAAAUUACAGUGCUGUAGAAUAAUGAUAUCGUUUAUUUUUUCUCGCAAGUUUCUGUCCAAGACCAAAAUUGUUAAAAGCAAUGGGCAGUAAGUUGGCCUGAUAAAUUACUGCUGGACAUCACUAGAUAGCACUCCUUUCCUGCAUAAGAAGCUGUUUACUAAUGCAGUCUACAUUGCAACAAUGACAAUGCCGUCUCUGUUUUGCUUGUUUUCUAUCUGCUAUUUCAUCCCUGCACUGAUUUACCAUGAUUCCGUCCACACUUCAACGAUCUCUUUAAGGCCAGUUGCGUGACUCUGUGAUGUGUGCAUCUACGAGACAAGACCGACAUGUUUUUUUGUCUUGUCAGUUGUCUUAUUGACGUGAUUUUAGAGUACGUCAUUUCAUGUUCAUGUUUUUGACAAUAUGUAAAAGUAUCUUAGUUUGAUUUAUUUUCAAGUUUGAUAACAUUUCAUAAACACUGCUGUAUAGAUCCAAUAUCAUAUUUAAAUAAAGAAAUAAACAGA